AUGAACCAAACCACUAUUAAUCUAUUUGGCAUAAACCUCUUGCACAACGAAACUAUCUCCGCUAACGUGCUUAAAGACGUUUUGGAUAGUUUCAUGACUGAGGUAAUGACACUUGUCCGCACCAAUUCAAAUUCAAGUUCGUCGAAAACGUCCCUCAUACCAACUUUUACUUCACAACGCACUAACUUACAACAAAAAAGCUUUCAAAACACUUUACUCGAAAGGUCACCACUGUACACAUUACCAAGUCCUAUUGUACUCUCAAAACAAAACACUACCUUUGGUAUCCAGUGUGACCCUCAACAAGAAACAUUGGACGUUCACAAAAAAACAGUCCAGACAAGUCAUAUACAACACGAAGAACCCAGAGUUGAACCAAUUGCUGAAAUAUUUGAAAACGACCCUGAACUGUUUUUGGUGCAAUCGUCACUCCCAUCAUUCUCGAAGUGGACUUCAUAUAAACAGAUGGAACUCAUUUACGACUCAAAAACCUUUUACGACGAAGACAAACAUCCCAUCCAGGUAUUCAAUGAGGCGAUAAUCGGGAAAGCACCAAUUGCUUUGUUUGAAGUGAAUAAAUACUACACGUUUGGCUUCUUUACGUGUGUAUCGCCACAGUACUGCGUGGUCGAAUUGAAAAAGACUGAUUUCCUCUUUGUUGUCCGCAGUGAAAUGAUUAAGAUUCCAAAGAAAUUUGAUAUGACUGACAAUGGAUGUGUUGGUCGUCUGACAAUUACAACACCUACAAAGACAAUAUACACCCCUCCAUUCGCAGAACUUAGUAAAAACAACUCAAGUAUCCAAUUUGCUUUUGGAAAGCAAUUCGUCUCAAGAGGUUUAGAAGGAGAAUUUUGUGACGUUUCUCAAAGGUUUAAUAUUGCUUUGAUUAUUCAGAACAUUUUGAAAGUACCAAAGACUGAAUCAACUAGACACAUUGUAAUGCGAUUCAAAAAUUAA